AUGGUGCACCAGCGGCCAGAUCGUGGGGAACUUCUACGGUACGGGAAUGCUCGGAAACAUCAAGCCUUGUACACUGCCGCCGCCAGGCUUUGGUCACAUGGAGUUCCGAUGGCAGAAGCAAUCAAGAUUGUGCCCAGCAUGCCGCCCAAGAAGAGGACAUCAGGUGGCCAGCCUCAGGCACAGAGACCGAAGAAGGCAAAAUCUGGAGAAGGAGUUUCUCCAGAUGCGAUGGCCUUACCUCACAUGGCCAACGCCAUUGGCUUCUUCAAGUUCCUGGACAACAGCUUUCCAGCGACCUCGGGGGUGUCAAUUCGAGCCCAUGAAGAUCUUGGCAUCGAAGAUGUCAAGUUGCUGAGCCCAGGGAACGCCUUUAUGGUGAAGGGCUGGAAUAGAAGCGUAUGCUGUUUGACGGUCUGCUAUGCAGCUUACCAGAAUCCUCAUCUGCUGCAGCAGCUGACAAACUCACCUGCAUUGUUGCGAAUCUUGGUCGUGCGCUUGGAGAAGGACUGGCUGGCAAUUGCACCCAAGAACCGCCGGCCUUGGAACUUGAAAGAUGUGGACUCUAGGUUCGAGUUGCGUCAUGGAGACGCAGAUCUUACACAGUUGCUGGAGGGAUCAGUACCACCAGCAGAUUUGCAAAGGGUCUCCAUCUUUUCUUCGCAUAUUCAGAAGUACUAUGCUCAGGGAGCGCUGGACUUCAAGCACAUCAAUGACCGUUUUCAAAAAGGUAAGGAGUGGUGCAGUGACUUUCUGGAACGGAAGCAUCAACUGAUUCAUGUCAAUUCGCUGGUGUUAGCGCACAGCACCAUCGUAUCAGCCCAAGCGGAGAUGGGACCCGACGGGCUCACAAUCCUUGUGGUCGAUGCAACGCUGUGGCCCACACGUCAGAUAUCAAUUGACGAGGCCAUUCAACUCUGUGCGUCGGUGAGCUCUGGAAACACCAGCUCAGUUGCCUUCUUUUGCAUGCCCCAAUGUAUGGCUGCCAUUUGUGCCUCGUCGAACUCGGCCUUCACGAAGUCCAAAGCUCUCCUGGGAAGCAUUUGCGACAUCGAACGAAGCAGAGUUGGAGAACUCCAGAAUCCGGAUCCCGAGAGAUCGCUAGCGCCACACUGGCGUGUCCAACAGAGAGGCAUCAGUGCAACUUCUGGCAUCAUCAAGCACUUGCUUGAAGGUGUUUCGAGCAAUGCACAGCAGCCGGUGCUGGUGUGUGACCUCUUGCCCAACAGGUUCAGUGAGUGGUCCUUGGCGACGUGGGACUUGCAAUCAGCUUUCCUGAUGGAAACGAAUCGGGAAUUGGAUCUGCGCUUCUUGGGGGUGUAUCACUCCGACAAUGCUGAUGAGCUAAGUGCUGCCAAUGAAGUGCUGAUGGGUCGGCUCAUCGCCGACUAUUGGGAUGGAUGUGACAAAGCAGGUCCCAAGACCAGAGAAGCCAGUGGCUUUUCCGAGGCUUUUCCAACUUUGCAGAGCUUGGUUGUCAAUGAAGGUGAAAUCAAGUUUUUUGCUUGCAGUCUCAUGUAUGAGCAAAAUGGAACACACAGUUCUGGUCAUAAAGAAACAUCGAAAACUACAUGUUUCUGA